AUAUUAGUCAGGUUACCUGUCAAGUGGAAAUUUACCACGAGAAAUUGCAAGUUCACUUGAAAUCAAGCAAUAUUGGUACAUAUAUAUAUAUCAUAAAGAAUUAAAAACGACUGAAGCUGGAAGGAGCUUGAAAUGGCUACUAUAUUUACUCCCACAAAUCAAAAACGGCUAACUAACAUCGCUGUCGUUAGAUUAAAAAAAGGAGGAAAGCGAUUCGAAAUAGCUUGUUAUCCAAAUAAAGUUAUGCCAUGGAGAAAUAAAAUUGAAACCGACAUUGAUGAAGUUCUACAGACACCAACUGUGUUUUUAAACGUUUCAAAAGGCCAAGUUGCCAAAGCUGACGACUUACGAAAAGCAUUUAAUACUGAUGAUGCAACAGAUAUAUGCAAAAUAAUUUUAACAAAAGGAGAAUUGCAAGUCACUGAAAAAGAAAGACAGGCCCAAAUUGAAAAUACUUUCAGAGAUAUAGCUACUGUUGUUUCUGAAAAAUGUAUAAAUCCGGAAACUAAAAAACCUUAUACAGUAACAAUGAUAGAAAAGGCUAUGAAAGAUUGUCAUAUCUCAGUAAAACCUAGUCGAAGUGCAAAACAACAAGCUUUGGAUGUUAUACAACAAUUGAAAGCUACUGAAACGUUCAAGAUUGAAAGAGCCCAGAUGAAAUUGAGACUAUUUAUACCAAGCAAAGACGGGAAGAGGGUAAGAGAAAAAGUAAAGAAAACAAAUGCCCAAAUAUUAUCUGAAGAAUUCGACUGCGACUUGGAAAUGACAGUAGUAAUCGACCCCGGACUAUUUAGAGAAAUAGAUGACAUAGUCAAAAUGGAAACGAAAGGAAAGGGUCAAGUAGAAGUUUUAAGUUUGAAUACUUGCGGUGACGACGAUGAAACUGAAUAA